UCAACAAAAUCCGUCUCAUCCACACUUCAGUAAACCCUAAUAUUCUCCUCUUCCAUUUUCAACACAAGAUUUUGAAAUUAUGUUUCGUGUAAGCAACUUCAUUGUGGGGUUCUUGAACUGCCUAUCUCUUCUCUUAGGCCUCGGGGCCAUCGCCAUGUCGCUUUAUUUCUACGUGCAUGGCCAUUCACAAUGCGAGAAAGCCCUGCAGAAUCCGUUGCUCAUAACGGGCACCAUUCUACUCGUCGUUUCAUUGCUGGGGCUGAAUCGGCUCUUGCUGCAGGCUUAACACUUUGCUGUUUGUUUACCUGAUGAUUAUGUUCUGUUUGAUUAUUGGGCUUCUGGGAUUCACUGUUUUCACGUUCUUGGUGACGAAUGAUGGUGUGGGGAAGACGGUUUCGAAUAAAGGAGUCAGCAAAAUAAGGACUUGGGACUUUGCUAAUUGGCUGGAACUUCAUUUUGUUAAUGGGAAGAACUGGGAUAAUAUAAAGAGCUGUUUGAGAAAAUCUGAGAUUUGUCGAACUUCCGAUUUUUAUCAGAAGAAUUUUUCUCCCAUUCAGACUGGUUGCUGCAAGCCACCUUCCGAAUGUGGGUUCGAGCAGAAAGGUGCGGAAACGUGGGCAGCUCCCAAAGGAGGCCAAGCCAUGAAUAACAGCGACUGCAAUACUUGGAACAAUGAACAAAAUAAAUUAUGUUUCGACUGCAAUGCCUGCAAAGAGGGAUUUCUUAUGAACAUCAAGAAGAAGUGGAAAUUUUUUACUAUAUUCAACCUUUGUGCUCUUGUUCUUGUCAUUCUCAGCUACAUGGUCGGUUGCUGCGCCAAGAAGAACAAUUGGAAAGAUAACAAGAUGAUCUGAAAAUACAGUCCUGAACAUAUAGUGUCAUUCGGGUGUAGUGUUUUCUCUGGCUAGUUAUUUAGAAGUCAGUUAAAAUGUGAAGUUCUUAGGAGUUCUUAAUUUCUUGUCCCAAUUCUAAAUAUUCGAAUUAUAUAUCAUUAUAUGAUUAAAUAUUAUUUUAUUUUUAAUUUUAACAUCAACGUACAGU